CGAUAUGAUUGCAUAUCAAGCUGUCGUUAAAAGCAGACUACUGCUGCUAACUUUUGCAACCCCUUUUUUCCCUGGCUAGCUGGCAACUGUAAUAGUGAUUAUCAUUUAUCACUGGGUUUUUACAACUACAAGGAGAUGACAUAUGAUCUGUUGGACAAGCUGCCCUCUGAUCCAGGGCUGGCUUGAUGGGCAUAGAUUUCCUAACUCUAAGCUUCCAAGUAACCAUGUUCCUGAUCAGCUGGGGUGAAUAAGAAUGGCAUCCAGGGGAACAGCCAAGGAAGUUGUACAAAAGUAGGCAAGGUAUAGACUAACAGAUUUGUGAGGGCAAGUGGACCAGUAACACCCAAGUUUUUGUGGGCUACUAAUGCUUGCAACCCUAUUUGUGAAGCUGUCGUCCUCUUCCUACUCCCUGAGCUUUUUUUUCCCGAGUACCAGCCAGCACCUGCAUAUCUGUAGAAACUUCUCCCAAAGUAUGGGAUAAAUCACAUGUGCACUCUCCAAAAAGAAGGAUCAGUGUGGCAUGGGAGAAUCCUUUAUUAACUCUAUACCUUUGGGUUUGUAGGUGUGGACAGAAAGUUGAACUGCAGCUGGGAGCUGAAGUUGAACUUCAACUCCCAGCAUUCCUGAUCAUUGGCCAUGCUGGCAAGGGGUGUUGGAAAUUGGCCCCAAACACCUGCAAACCUUCUGCCCAUCCCUAGACCCUACCUGGACACCCUUUAUGAAUGAAGGGCUCCCCUGUAUGAGAGAAGAAAAAUGUCACUAGAGACUCUUCUUGGCACAGAGAUGCAGUAAAGGGAAAAGGUGUAGGCUAGUGUGGCUGGCAGAGUAGGUGAGAGCUCACUGAGCUGGGCACCACCUGCAAGAGCGAGACCGCCGGACAAAGAGUGCCCCGAGGGAGCAUGCCCACCCUUAACACCGCCUGCCGCGAGGUUUGCAGCCAUGAGCAGGUGCCCAAGCGCUGAGGGAGCACAAUGAAUGGUGGCGAUGAUUGCUCUGGUGUGGAUCGAGGUGGGCGCCCAGCAGUUACACCCGUGCCCGUGGGCUGGCAGCGCAGGGUGGAGGAGGGCAGAGUGUGCUACAUCAGUCCUAGCGGCACGAGCCUGGCUUCACUGGAGCAGACGCGUGCAUACCUGCUGGCGGACGGCACUUGCAAGUGUGGCCUGGAGUGUCCCCUCAAUGUGCACAAGGUUUUCAACUUCGACCCGGCAGCAAUGGUGACAGGGAGCGAAGCUGCCAAGGCAGAGGAGGACAUGACCAAGCUGUGCAACCACCGGCGGAAAAUUGUGGCAAUGGCCACGCUUUACCGAAGCAUGGAGAGCCAUGGACCACUCGGCCUGCCACAUCUAGGGCCAGCAGGUGGGUUGGCCCAGCCGUCUCACCCAACCACGCCAGGACCCAGCGGUCGCCCCCAGCAAGCCCUUCCCAGCAAAGCAUCUGCCACCUUGGCCAAGGGCCCGGAACUCUACUUGCAGUGCUCCUCUGAUCGCUACAGCAAUGCCUGGCCCAUCCAGGCCUCCUCUUUUCCCCGCCAUCACAACGCUCUCUUCGGGGACGUCUUCCCAGGCCGCCUGCCUGCCACCACCAAUGGCACCCCCCGCCCAGCCUUCCCCACCGAACUGAAUGCUGCUGGAGGUUCCUUUCCGCCUGGCAAGGCCCCGAUGGAUACACUGCUCCGGCCUUACCCCUCCGGCGGUCUUCUCUUCCCCCCACCUGAUGAGGUGGCACCUGGUGCAGAGGGCGGCCCUUGGAGCAGCCGCCCCAUAUCUCUGGGCUCGCAGAUGAGUGCCGCCGGCUCACCUGCCCCCACCAGCCUCUCCUCCGUCUCGUCGCCAGCAGGCAGUGCUGCCCCCUCCCCUCAGCGCUCCAGGCACUCCUCGGCUUCCUCGGAGCAGGGCCUUUCGGGACACUGGCCAGCUCCCAAGCCCUCCAGCUUGGACGCAGCGCCCCCAGCCAACGCCUUAACCAACCAAAGCAGCAAUAACCUGCCCUCAGUGCCCUUAGGAGUUGCCCCGGAAGGGAAGGGACCGCCUGGCCUGCUGCUCCUCCAUCCCCAGGGCCCAGGCUCUUUCCCAGCCAGCAGUUUGUUGAGCGCAGCUGCCAAGGCCCAGCUGGCCAGCAGGGGACGUCCCGACGAGCUGGCUGCCAGCACUUUACCCAGCCGCUUGCUGCUGUCUGUCGUGGGGGGGCGGGCACCUCGCCGCCAACGCCGCUCCCCCACUGUUCUGCGCCUGCUCAAGGACUCCCAUCCCGGGCAGGUCAUGGCCACCCAUCCUGAUGAGACACCGGCUCGCCACGCCCGGCCUCGGGACCAGCCGCCCGCAGGAGAGGCCAAGAACGGAGCCCUGAGCUCGGCAGCCCCAGGGCAGCCCCUGUCAUCCCUGCUCAGCCUGCUUGCCCCUCCCGUGACCUCUCCGAUCCCCAGCCUCCCACCACUGCCCCAAAGCCCUGCCGGCGACAGCCCGAACUCUUUGCCCUCCUCCCAGGACUUCAACAGCCAGCUUCUCAGUCUCUUUGGGCAGCUGGCCUCAGUGUCUUCCGAACAGUUCUCAGGGAGCCCCCCGCAGCCAAAACCUCCUGUCUCCCCACUCGGAUCCGGUGGCCCCCAAGGUGCUACUUCUGCGUCGCCUCUGACUCCCAAAGCCCCGCCAGCCGCCAGCCCUGUUGCCACCAGUGCGAUGGAGGGGGUUGCCCUGGGCUGCCCACUGCCCUCGGGCACCGAUCCUUUCCCCUUCCUGGCGCAGGAACAGGCGCUGCCGUUUGGGAACGCUCUACCUCCCGGGCUGCUCCCGCUGGGCUCCUUCCCCUUCUCGCUGACCCUGGGCCCGGAGACGCCGCUCCCCCCGCUGAGCCUGCAGGGGGAGCCGGAGGGACAGCCCUUGCUGCCGCUGGUGCUGCCCAACCUGGAUUUGCUGCAGCAACAAAGCGGACUGCUGGCCUCGCUGCUGGCGCUGCCAGAAGCAACGUGCGAGGGCGAGAGGGAAGGCGUGGCAGCCGAGCCUCUGCUGGAGCCGUUCGCGGGCCUCCCCGACGCUCUGCAGCCCCUGCUCUUCCCAGCACUUUCUACCCCUCCGGCUGUCCUAGCUUUAAACUCGGCACUGUUGGCGACCAGCCUGGGCCCUUCCGACGCUGGGCUGGGCCCUACGCAGACUGGCCUGGCGAGCACUCCUGUGGCACCUACCUCCACUAGCACGACAUCAACGACUACUGAGGGCACCCCCAGCGCCAUGGGGCGGCUAAACUCCCUGAUGCCUCAGCUUGUCAACCCACUGCUGAGUACCACACUUCUGGGUGACCUGUCGGCACUGAACACUGCCUCGGGCCCAUCCUUAAUUGGAAGUCCCCUGCUCCAGGCCCAGCAGCCACUUCUGCCACCCAGCAUGCAAGGGCCUCUUGGACUCCAGCUCUUGCAAGGCCAGCUGCCCCUGCUAGCAGGCUCCAACCCACUAGCCUGCCUCCUCCAGAGCUUGCAACUGAACCCUGGCUUUGGUGCCCCAGAGAAGCCCAUGCUCCCAAGCGAAGCUCCAGCCCCAGCCAUGACCAGCAUGGCCCCCGUGCCAGAGACCGAGCUGGGCCCCAGCGCCGUGUUGCCUCCUUGCAUGGAUGCUGCCCCCACAAGUGCCUUAGAGCGGCCCAGAGCUCUUGAGCCUGCCCGGCAAGGGCAGCAGGAGGCCCCCCUGGGGCAGGAGGCCAGCAGCCCCCGCUCCCCCCUCAAGAGGCCCCGGCGAGGGACAGAAGAGCUGAAUGGGGACUCCAGCAGCAGCCUCCCGCGGGGGCCAGGGCGGGGCGGCAAGUCUGGGCGGCGGGGCAGGGGCAGGCGGCACUUCAAUGGUCAGCUGCUGGAGCUAGGCGCAGGACAUGCCUCCCACCCUGCAUGGCGCUGCAACGGGGAGAUGGUGGCUAGCAGCGCUGAAAGCCAAGCCAGUCCGUUUGCUGUCCAGGAGAUAAAGGGCCCUCCUGGAAGGAGACCGUCCCGACGUGGCCGGAGGAGGAAAAGCAGCGGUGCCCGGCCCAGUGCUCGACCUGAGGCAACGCGGAUCCGGGGUCCCAGUGCAGAUCCAGGCCCCAGCCCAUUGGUUGACUACAGCAUUGCUCGGCGGCCACGACCCGGCCGACCUGUGAAAAACAGGAGAAGAAAACUGCCCACAUAGCAUCAGCUGAACAGAGGGGGGCUUCCGACAUUGUCUGCUUCUGAGCAAACUGAGCUUAGGACACCCUGGCUUCUGUCUGCCCCUCACCCACAGCUACCUUUCAUCUCCGGUGCCCAACCCCUGGGCAUGCGUUUGGGGGGGAAGAUACCAGCACAAGGAUUUGCUGCUGCUGCUGGGCUCUUGGCGCCUUGGCCAUGAAUGUGUUGUAGCUUCACCAGUUGCCUGGGACCUGAAUCGCUCCGCGAGGGACCGCUGAAAGCACAAGAUGCAGCUCUGGUCUCAGCACUCUGUGGGGAGGGUGAAGAGGUUGAAGGGGCAAAUGGGGGGGGGCGCUAGAGCUGGACAUGUCCAUAGCACUUCUUGAAGCCAUUUUUGUAAUGCUCCAAAAGGGAGCCCCUCGCAGCAGUGCAGUAGGCCUCCCCUGCCCCCGUUGUGUCUUUCCCGCCCCUGGUGAGACCCUCCCACUGCAGUUGGGUCUCAAAACCUCAGCAGGAGUAGCAAGGGCUGUGUGCUCCAGGAAGGGGACACUACGGUCCUUUCAAUUCCCACCUUACCUCAGACCUGUGUGCGCCGCGGCACAUGGGUGAGAACCGGCUCAGGGUUUUAGUACAAGAACUCAGUCUUCUCUUUCUCUCUUUGCCUCGACAAACACACGCACACACACAUACCCAAGCUCCUAGUCCCAGUGCUCAAGGUACAAAGCAAUAAGGAAAAUAAGCCACGUUUGUUCAGGGAGGGCUCACUCCCAUCAGUAGCUCAGUGACUCCCUCACUCCCUUCCUAUGCAGCUCAUGUGCCUCCAUUUUGCAAGCUACUGCAGCAGAGCAGCCGUGAGACAAAAGCCUGGAUGGGUGGGAUAGGCCUGCUCUCUUUGGGUCCCAGGGCUCCUGGGGCCUCAAGUGGGUCGUGCCACCCCCACACACACAAAGCAACUCUCAGAAAUGUAUUUCUUCUGCUUUUCCUUCCUUUAAAGAAAUCCUCAAAAGAACACUCAGGUCCUAGUACUGGGGAGAAGCUUAUGGGACAGGAGGAGUCCGUGCUCAAAAUCUAAAUGACCCAGCUUUGCCAGAGCAAGCGGCCUUUAUCUGUUUCCCUCCCCAAAAGAGAACUUAUAAACACACAUGCUUACACUACAAUCUUCAUCUCUGAAUGACCAAAAUGCUCCACACCUCAUCUCUCUCCCUCCCUCCUUGCAUUAUGCAAAAGCACUGUGUAGAUACUGUACAGGUUGCGCUAUCUCCUUCCCUGCCCCUCCCCCCCCCCCCCCCCGGUGCACUUCAACCAACCAACCAACUUCGGCCUUUGUUUUGUAUAAAGAAAAAAAGGAAUGGGGAAAAAACUAUUUUCCUUCUUUGAGCUUAAAUUUUGUUUUGUAAAAAAAAUUUUACACAAUUGUGAAUUGUAGCUUUUCUAUGGGAGCGACUUAAUUUAACAGAUGAAAAUAUUUUGAAGCUUAGAUUGAAGUUACUGUUUCUUUGUUUAUUUUUGGGGGUGUGUGUUUUGUAUCAAGUAUUAAAAUAUGUAUUUAAAAGAAA